CCGCGUCCACAGGCACUGCUACAGCGCCCACCAGUGGUGCAGCCUGCGGAGCUAUCACUCCAGCACGCGGAGGGUGGCAGCAGAGAGCCCUUUAAGGGGCGGGGCCAGUUCUUCCUCAGGACCUCCUCCUCUGAUUUGAGUCAGCGCUUGCUCGACUGGCUCGCGCCUCCGCCAACCGCUUUUUCGUUUCCUUCCUGUCUCUUCCCUGGUGACCCCGGAAGUGGAAGUGGGCGUAGGUCGGCGGCCACGGCGGGGACGGAAGGCGGAAGCAGAGCGUGAGCGGGAGGCGGAGCCGGGGGAGCUGCUCUCGUAGCUCCCCCUGGCCCUAGGCCCAGCUGCUCGAGGGGGAGGAGUUACCGCAGCUCUUCGGGCAUCAGAACUUAUCAUGAUGGCUGUGACCUAAAAUCCUCAGGAAGCCCUGGGGUCAUGGCCCAGAAGCACCCCGGAGAAAGAGGGUUGUGUGGAGCCCACCACAGUGGUGGUGCCUCCUUCAGGACUUUAGGAUCCUCUGUGGACCCUGAAAUACUUUCAUUCUCAGGACUCAGGGACUCAGCGGGGCCUGCUUCUAAUGGUACCCGCUGCCUCACAGAGCACUCUAGUCCUAAGUACACACAGCCCCCAAACCCAGCCCACUGGUCGGAUCCAAGCCAUGGCCCCCCAAGGGGUCCAGGACCCCCUAGGGAUGGAGAGGACCCUGAUCAGAGUGAGGCAUCUUCAGAAGAAGAAUCAGGAGUGGACCAGGAACUCUCAAGAGAGAAUGAGGCUGGGUACCAGGAGGAUGGCAACCCUUCUUUUCUUUCCAUUCCAUCUGCUUGCAACUGCCAGGGAAUCCCUGGAAUCCCUGAAGGGCCUUACUCUGAGGGAGGAGAUAGCUCUUCUAGCAACUUUUGUCACCAUUGUACCUCUCCAGUUUUGGGGGAAGAUGAAGAGUUGGAAGAGGAAUAUGAUGAUGAGGAACCUCUUAAGUUCCCCAGUGAUUUUUCACGUGCGCCCAGUGGGAAGAAACCACCCCGGAGACAGCGGCACCGCAUCCCGGCCAAGGAGGAUACUCGGGAGGGUGGACGCAGAGAUCCCAGGUCCCCUGGCCGACAUAGGCUGGGCCGGAAAAGAAGUCAGGCAGAUAAGCGCAAAGGCCUGGGAUUAUGGGGAGCAGAGGAACUGUGUCAGCUUGGGCAGGCAGGCUUCUGGUGGCUGAUUGAAUUGCUGGUAUUGGUGGGAGAGUACGUGGAAACUUGUGGCCAUCUCAUCUAUGCAUGCAGGCAGCUGAAAGGCAGCGAUCUGGACCUUUUUCGAGUCUGGUUGGGAGUCUGGGCAGGGCGGCUGGGAGGCUGGGCCCAGGUAAUGUUCCAGUUUCUGAGCCAAGGAUGUUGCUAUGGGGCAGGGCUGUUCACCCGUUUUCUUAGGCUACUAGGUGCUUUGCUGCUUCUGGUUCUGGCCCUCUCGUUGGGCUGUCUACAGUUGGGCUGGCGGUUUCUGGUGGGACUGGGUGACCGGUUAGGCUGGAGGGGUAAAGCCACUUGGCUCUUUUCUUGGCUGGAUUUUCCCACCUUGCAGCGUUGCCUGAUUCUGCUGAGAGAUAGCAGGCCAUGGCAGCAGUUGGUAAAAAUGUUUCAGUGGGGUUGGCUGGAGUUGCCUUGGGUCAAGCCAAGGACUAAUAGGCAGGGGAAUGCACCUGUAACUGGUGGUCGCUACUGCCAGCCUGAAGAAGAAGUGGCUCGACUUUUGACCAUGGCUGGGGUUCCUGAGGAUGAGCUAAACCCUUUCCAUGUGUUGGGGGUUGAAGCCACAGCAUCAGAUGUUGAACUGAAGAAGGCAUAUAGGCAGCUGGCAGUGAUGGUUCAUCCUGACAAAAAUCAUCAUCCCCGGGCAGAGGAGGCCUUCAAGGUUUUGCGGGCAGCUUGGGACAUUGUCAGCAACCCUGAAAGGCGGAAGGAAUAUGAAAUGAAACGAAUGGCAGAGACUGAGCUGAGCCGGUCAGUGAAUGAGUUUCUAUCUAAGCUGCAGGAUGACCUCAAAGAGGCAAUGAAUACUAUGAUGUGCAGCCGAUGCCAGGGAAAGCAUAGGAGGUUUGAAAUGGACCGGGAACCUAAGAGUGCCAGAUACUGUGCUGAGUGUAAUAGACUGCAUCCUGCUGAGGAAGGAGACUUUUGGGCAGAGUCAAGCAUGUUGGGCCUCAAGAUCACCUAUUUUGCACUGAUGGAUGGAAAAGUGUAUGACAUCACAGAGUGGGCUGGAUGCCAGCGUGUGGGAAUCUCCCCAGAUACUCACAGAGUCCCCUAUCACAUCUCCUUUGGUUCUCGGAUUCCAGGCACCAGUGGGCGGCAGAGAGCAACCCCAGAUGCCCCUCCUGCUGAUCUUCAGGAUUUCUUGAGCCGGAUAUUUCAAGUACCCCCAGGCCAGAUGUCCAAUGGGAACUUCUUUGCAGCUCCUCAGCCUGGCCCUGGGGCCACUGCAGCCUCUAAGCCCAACAGCACAGUACCCAAGGGAGAAGCCAAACCGAAGCGGCGGAAGAAAGUGAGGAGGCCCUUCCAACGUUGACACCCCUUCUCUUCUUUCCUCAGAUCAAUGUCAGGGAGUCAAAAGGGCUGUGUAUAGCACAGGAUGGAGUUUUGACUUGUUUAUUUUUAAAUAUUUAAAAAAGGGAAAAUUUUAAGCUCAAAUUGUUCACUCAGUACUUGUAGGAAGCCCCAGAACCACUCUCCCUCCUCCACCAGCACCUAGGAACUGAAUCUUGUCUUUUGACAAUACCAAAGAAAUAGGGGGUGGCUAAAGCAAAGAUCCUAGAGCCUGGACCUGGGCUGGACAGUAUCUCCCAUGGUAGUGUGGGAAUUGGUAUUUCCCUGGGGUCUGUAUGCCUUUGUCUCUUGCUUCUAGAGCAGAUGACACUUUCCCCCCCUUUUUUAAACUACGAGUCUAUCUUAUAAUUUCUUGACCCAUUUCAGGAGGGAGCCCCCUCCUUUACCCCAACAUUCUAGUUAAAAGAGAACAAGAAAGCAUGUAGCCCUAAUUAUAGGAGAUUAUACAUAGAGUUCAGAGAGUGGGAACUUUGAAUUUUUCCUCUGACAUUCACCUUGUGGGUAAUCACCCAACUUCAUGCUUGUUGCUGCAGGGAUGGCCAAACUAAUAAUUUUUAAAAAGAAGACUCAUGCCCUCUGCCCUUGGGUGAGGGAGAAGGAUAAAGGGGCUCCCAGAAGCCCCCUUAUGAUCCAAGGGUUUGUAUUUUUUUAAGUUUGUUCAUAUUUGUAUGUACAUAUCUAUUUAAAGCCAGGGGAUUAUCUUUCUAUAAAUAUAUAAACUGGCAACCUGUA